AUGGCACGUCUUGCUUUCAGCUCGCAAUGCUGGUUCAUCACCAUCAUGGUCGUCCUGACUGUGUUCGCCGCAUUCAUCGGCUUCUCCUUCAAGCCCGAUGCGAGCAAUUCCGCCAAGUUCCGCUUGAGUCGGGAUGCUGAGGCUGCGAGCAGUGCUGCUCUCUUGGACGACGACUCGUUCGAACACUCGAGCAAUGUCAGCYAUGGACUUACGAAGCGUGGGAUGGCUCCUCGAUGCAGCGUCGAUACGGCGUUUGUAUCGGUGGAGCGAGGCAGCAAGUUGACAGAUUGGAUGCUUCUUACUCACCAAAGCUUCUUCGCUCAGUUUGGCGCCGCUGGAGUCGGAAAACUAACAUUUCCCGACGCUAUUGGAGGCAGUUCAGGCUGGAAGAAAGUAACGGAAGACUCCAACUUCAAUCCACGACCAUACUCGGAUCCACUGUUGGGCCUUGACAAUGUUGAAUAUUUCCAGACCAAUGUCAGGGUCUCGCUGGUAGGCCAGCCUUGGGUUCGCUCCACGUACGACCAAUCCAAGCCCUACAUAAGAGUGAUAAACGGCGUCGACACGAUGCACCCCCCAACACAUGCCAGACACGUGCAGAUAUCGAGCGUUUGGAAAGAUACAGGGGUUCUCAUCGCACUGGAAUCAUACGAUGCAGCACUCAUGAGCUCGCUCGCUACUGGACAGCCGUUACCUGCUGAUGACCUCCCUGAGGUCAAUCUAUGGUCUAGUCUGGCCUUCAUCGAGUACGGCAGAGCCGGCAAAUUCCGUUCAUGGGCGCCUGUCGACUCGACUCCAGCCGGCCGCGUAGAGGAUUCGGGAUCGAGAAAAAGACAGCCCCCGAGGUGGAUCUACAUCCCUCAACUUAGAGGUCCGAUUGCAUCUCUGGAGCUGGUAUCUCACUGCGUCUUCUCCUGGGGUCUUUGGGACUUGCCCAAUUUUGCGAAUCGAAUCACCUUUCCCAUUGGCUCAUUUUGCUUCGAGGCUAUUCUGGGUCUACCACAGGGUACAGCGCUUGCCUUUUUCCUGAUCGAUCACAAAUUCCGGUUCGGCGCAAAGACACUGGCAUCUGUCACCAUCUGGGGCUCUGGCGUAAUCGGCCAGGAUGGUUAUGAGCUACCGAGCAUGCUAUGGUGGACCGCUGAUCAUAGAUUGAAGACGACGCACUGGGCAAUCCGGGUAAUCUCCAUCCCGGAGAUUCGGAGCGAGAACGCUGCUUACACAUUGGAAGCCGGCUGGCAUCCGACUACUAUGCCUUUCAUGCUGAGGCCUAGGUAUUGA